AUGUCAGUUGCUAUGGAAAACGCGGAAUCGAAAAAUCCGGGUUACGGUGCGUUACACAAAUACGCGAAGACGCACACCUGCCCUCUAUUUGGGUACCUCACGAAGUGGUUCUUGGAGAUUUCUUCUUAUUCCGAUGUCUACCAGCGCGUGAGGCGGAUUAGACCACGGAUUUGGAAUCCAAGAAUUUUGCCUUCGCAAAUAAUGCCAUCUCCCACGGGAGCGCCGUUCAACUUUGCUGAAAUGCCCUGGUCGUAUGGUGUAAAGCCUGGACAAGUGAUGGAGUUUAACGCUGUUAUUCGACCCAGUCCGAUUUCUGUUCCGCAUGGCCCUCCAUCGCCGUCCCUGAGUGGCAGUCCGCCAUCAUAUGGGCUUUCCGUGCCACAAAAUCUCAUGCCGGAUUUCAGAAAAAGGAAGCCAGAUCCCGAUAUAAUACCAGUGCCAUCCAAACAAUUUCUGACAGAUGAAGUGAUGUCGUCGCAUUUGAAUAAUCUGCAUUUGUCCGCAGAGUACACAGCACACAACAUAAAGACAAAUACGGGUUUAUCAAGCCCUGCAGCACCGGAAGGGCUAGACGAGGAUACUUUAUUCGGUGACCCGGGUAGUCCGUCGAAUGCUACAACCCCCGAACCGUACCACGUAUGUAUGUCCCCACAGGAGCUUGAGGAACGAUUAAAAAAGGCGCAACGGAUCGCUAUUUGUGAGGAAGUUCGAAAGCUGGAUAGUCGGGCCGAAAUUCUACCACAGUCGUUACUAAAUCGUAUAGAAAAGCCAUGUACUGCAUUGAUGAUCUGGCAACCACCACAAGAACGCAUUCAGACACUUUUCUCGAAAGUGUCAGAGAAAAUGGAAGAAAGAGAUCGAGCUGAAAGGAAAUCUGUUAACAACAACAACGAAACAGUGUCCAUAAUGACAAUGGAUGAAGAACCAUUACCCGAUCUGCCAGAUUACGAUGAAGAUUUGGACUUCGAAGUGGACAGUGCGAUAGACGACAACCAGAAGCCAAUUGCUCCUGAUCCAGGGACGAUGGAUAUUGAAAUGUAGUUCUAAGUUUAUGUCGUGUCGAAUCUUUUUAUGACUCUUGGUUUAAUGAAUUGGUAAUAUACCUGCAAUUACGCAGAUGCGGUAAAAAUAUCUUCGUAAAACCGAUAUACAAUUGCUCGUGUUCGUGUAACAAAAAUUAUAAUAAGGAAUACAUCGUACGCAUAUGCUUUCCGUUGGUACUCGAUUAAUUUGUCUUACUCUGUAUUUUUGAGAAAAUUAGUUAGGUUUCUUAAAUAUGCAAUUUGCU